AUGGAAGAUUUUCGAGGUAUAGCAGAGGAGUCAUUUCCAAGCUUUUCAACCAGUUCCUUACUUGGUAAUAGUGGCAUUUUGGAAAAUGUCACUCUUUCUUCAAAUCUUGGCUUACCUGUUGCUGUUUCCACACUUGUUAGAAAUAGAGCCAGUACUGAUAACAGGUGUUCUGAUAUCCAGGCAUCUUACUUAGUAGAAGGGGGAUUUUCAGUUCCAUCAGAAACAUCUCACAGUAGGCAGAGUGAUGCUGAACCAAAACGGAAGUUACAGCUUAGUUUCCAUGAUGAUGAUUCUCUCUCUAGGAAAAAGAACCAAAUGGAAACUCAACAUUUGUCAGAUGAUCUUAUCAGAGAGUCAUCUUUGCAAGGUGAGAUAGCAGGAACAGAAGAAGAGCAAAUUCAAAUAGCAAAAUCCUUCCAGGGCCGAGAUAUUUAUGAUGGGAUUUCACUCCUCCAACAAGUGCAAGACUCACCUAUUGAUUUUUGUUUACAGUCAUCAUGGAUGAAUAAUAAGGACCAUGAGAUUGUUAAACCUGAUACUGGAAUACAUUUUGAAGAAAAGACUCCAAAGAGUGACUUAAGUCAUACUAUCUUAUUAGAAAAUGAGAAACUUACAUCAUUGACAAGCUUUGAAGAUUCUUCUGAUGAUGAUAUUGAUGAUGAAGAGUUUUAUGAUGAUCAUUUGGAGGCUUAUUUUGAACAACUAGCAAUUCCAGGAAUGAUAUACGAAGACAUGGAAGGACAGGAAACUGCAGAAAAUGAUUUUAAGUUACCUACAAGUGAUUCUAAUCAGGAAAGCAUAAGAGAAGAAGUUCUCGUUAAGGUGAAGACUACUGGGGCUACUGAUGUGAAACUUAACCCUGUUUGUUUUCAUGACACAAAUGCUGAGAAAGGUGAUUUUGGUUUGACUGAACCUUUAAAGCAGGGGACAGAGUUUCUACAUAAAAAAAAGCAUUUGGAGUCAUAUUCAGAAGCAUUGUUGAACCUGGAUGAAUGUGUAGACACUGAAACUUCAAAAGUGUAUAUUCUAAAAAAUGUGGAUAUAACAUCUUUGACGCCUGUUAUUGACAAUGGGAUUAAGUCCGCUGAUGUUACCUGGUCACCUAACAGUGAAAGGCGAACAUGUGACUGUUAUGAGUCCAUUGAAAAGAGCAAAAACCAGCUGGAUCUGCCACAGAGUGUGGUCUAUCAAAAUGAAGAGGGCAAAUGGGUAACUGAUCUUGCUUAUUAUACAUCAUUUAAUAAAGAGCAAGAUUUAAAUAUGUCUCUAACUAAUGAGAUGAAUGAAGAUUUCAGAUCUGGUGCUGAAGCGCUAGCUUUGAUUGUAAAAGAUGAAGAAGAAUUUAAUAAAGAGCAUCAAUUUAUGCAGGAAGAAAAUAUAGAUGCUCAGAACACUUCAUUUGCACUAGGGGAUGCGUCCUGGGGAACUUCAGUUAAUUUCAGUCUGUUGAGGAAAUCAUUUAGCACAUCAGAUUUGGACAGAGAUGAUGCCAGUUAUUUACGUCUGUCUUUAGGAGAGUUCUUUGCUCAGAGAUCUGAAGCUCUUGGUUGCCUUGGUGGUGGUAACAAUGUAAAAAGACCAUCAUUUGGUUAUUUUAUUAGAUCACCAGAGAAGAGAGAACCAGUUGCUUUAGUACAGAAAUUGGACUCAUCAAGGAGCAAUUUGGAAAAAGAAAUGGCUCAUCUUAACCAAAAUUUAUUUGCAGGAGAUUUAAAUGAGCAAUCAAAGGCACAAGUAAGUGAAGGAUUAGUUACACUUAAGGUUGAAGAAUUGGAGAAUAUUUCGCAAGAGGAUGAAAGUGAUGUGACAUUAACUGCUGAUACAGACAAUAUGGAGGACAGUUUCUUAAUGAAGAGCAAACAUAAAAGAUAUAAAGAUGAACUCUCUGACAGUGGCAAUUCUAUGCUUAGAAUAAGCACCAUUGCUUCAGCCAUUACAAAUGCAUCCAUCAAUACGGAUCCUUCCCAGCUUGCUGCCAUGAUAAAGGCACUUUCAAAUAAAACCAAAGAGAAGACUUUGCAGGAAAAUAAUAAACAAAAAAAGUUUUCCGCUGCGUCUCAUUUUUUACCUAAUGAUUUAGAAAAAAGUAAUGGCUCCAAUGCAUUUGAUAUAGAGAAAUAUCUUAAAAAAGCAGAUAUUAAUAAAUCUGAAAUUGGAUUGGAAAACUUUUCAAAAGCUGAUAUGUCUGAUAUUUGGGAUUUAUCUUUGCCAAAAGAACAGACUAUACAAGCUAUCCGUACAGUGGAUUUAGAUGCUACUAAUCUAAGUGGAACAGAACCAGAAGAAAACACAGCAACUCUUUAUAGUGAAAAUAAAGAGAGUGAGAACCAAGAAUUAUUUAGAACUAUACACUCUUCAAAUCCAGUUCUUACAAAUAUAAGAGAGAAUGAGACCAUGAUAGUUAAUGUAAAGACAUAUUCCAGUGAUACCAAAUUGCGAGAUAUUUGUAACGGUGAAAAAGCAGCCUCACUUUCUACUCCAGCAUCUGACAGUUACUCAUUAGAAAGGAUCUCCACAAUAAUAUCCCCUGGGCUGUUGAAAGAAAGUGAAGAUAUGAAAAGUAAUAGAGAAGAUGAGAGGAAUGAAUAUGUUAGUGAAUCAAGCAAGAGUGAAAAGCGUGUGAUUUUUGAAAAGCAUUCAGUCAUCUCAUGUGGAAAUGUCGGUUUGAAAGAUAUCCCUCUUAAGCAUGGUGGACAUGGUUUAGAGGAUGACCAGAGUAGCUUCAGACCUUCAGCUUCACCUCUGAGUCAUUCUUCUCCUAGUGAAGCCUCUGGAACAAAUUUAUCAGGGUGUACUUUAGAGUGUUUGGGUUCAACUGCUCAUCCUCAGAAGCUCCCCAGUGAGAGUUCAUUGUCUCGGUUGGCAUGCUCACACACUAGUAUGAGCAGGCUGAUGUACCUAUCUGAGCAUGAGAGCAGCUAUCCUGUCUUGACCACAGAUUAUGACAAUGAGGACUGUCAGAGCGAUGUCACCAGUGAGCUGAGCACCACAAUUAUUCAAGCCAGUCCAACUCCACCAGAGGAACACACUGUGGAAAAUUUGAAAGAAAAAGUACCAUUUCAAGGUAAAGGAAAAAGAACAUUAUCAUAUUUUAUUCAGAACAACUUGGAGAAGAAAAAAGUGACUGAAACUACUUUCCUGAGUGGUAAAACUGAAGAUGUAAAACCAAACUUUAGAAUGUGUAAAGAUCUUUCUUCUAAAAGUGAAGAUCUCUUUGAAACUAGUCCAGUAAGUUUGGCAUCAAACCCUCAUGAAUUGGACCAGAUCAAUAUGGCUUUACCCAGGAGGGCAUGUCUCAGCCAUCAGGCUCUGUCAGCUACUGUGGACCCCUGUGUGUCAUGCCCAGAAUCUGUUAACAAAGGUCAAAGAAUGACUUCUAAAGAUAUGUUAACUGCCAGCAGUGAAUUAAGUGGCCAGAUUCCCAACCAGACAGCUCCUGAUAACCAGUGCAGCCCUAUCUCCAGCUUUGAGGGCCAAUGCUCUGCUCCAGAGGUAGACCACCUGCCUGUUGCCAUUCCUACACUCUUAACUGGACAAUCUCUGACCACAACGCCUUUUGCUCAACCAUAUUUGGGGGCACUUCCUUCAGCUGGAAAUGUAACUUUGCCCCCAUGCCACAUUGGUGGUGCCACAGUCUGUGGUUACUUAGGAGGCUGUCCUCAUUCUGCUCUCCUGGAAGAGCAUGUUCAGAACUCGGUAGCUGUGGGAAUUUGUCUAGGACAAAAUUGCAGCUCUGGGUUGAUGGGUACUACUUCCCUUUGUAACCCAUAUUCUAAUGCCUUAAAUCAGAAUCUUCUAAGUACAGCAAAAGCUUUUCCUAUGCAAUCUGUUGGUUCAAGCUGUGGAAUUGGACCAUGGGAUUCAGGAAGGAUAUCAGAAUUUGGGAAUGUAAGAGUACCUGAGGAGUUGAAGUUUCCUCAUGCUUGCUGUGUUGGUAUAGUUUCCCAAACCCACCUCACUGUCUUGAAUCCAGUUAACCGCUGGUUACAGGUCAGCAUUGGGGUGCUCAGUCUCACUGUUAAUGGGGAGAAGGUGGAUCUUUCAACAUAUCAGUGUUUAGUUUUCAAGAGUAAAAUCAUCAUAAGACCUCAUACCACAGAAGAGAUAAAAGUACUUUUCAUACCUUCCAAUCCUGGUAUUUUCAGAUGUAUAUUCAGUGUUGCUUCAUGGCCAUUUUCAGCAGCUGCUGAAACAAUAGUACAGGCUGAAGCCCUAGCCAGCAGAGUCAUUCUCACUGCUGUGGCUGAGACCCCUGUCAUUGAGGUAGAAACAGAAAAUAAAGAUAUUCUUGACUUUGGUGAUUUGGCUUAUGGAGGCUGGAAAGCUCUCCCAUUAAAACUGAUAAAUAGGACACAUGCCACAGUGCCGGUCAGACUUGUUAUUAAUGCUAAUGCCAUUGCCUGGCGCUGCUUCACAUUUUCUAAGGAACCAAUUAAUGCUUCUCUGAAAGCUGCUCCAGAUGCUGAUGUAAUUGCUCAACUGGAAGCUCCGUCUGUGAUAAAUCAUGUGAUGCCUGCCAGUCGUGAUGGACAAGAUCCAGAAUUUCUGAUAAUUUGGGUUCUUUUCUGUAAUCCAAAGAAACAAAUUUGCUCUUCAGAGAUUCUGGACUCAGCAGAAGAAUUCUUGGCAAGAGUUGAUGUAGAACUUGAUAGCCCAAACCCUACUCCAGUUAUUAAAAGCGUUAGUCUUCGAGCAAGAACAGGAAUAGCUAGGAUACAUGCUCCAAAAGACUUACAGACUAUGCAUUUGUUAGCCAGUGUGGCUUCCUCAACAAAACAGCACUUACCUUUGAAAAAUGCUGGGAACAUUGAAGUUUAUUUAAAUAUCAAGAUCCCAGAUCAAGGAAGUCACUUUUCAGUGGACCCAGAAAAUCUGUUUCUUAAACCUGGAGAAGAACAUGAAGUUACAGUUUCAUUUACUCCAAGGGAUUCCGAAGACUGUGAGAAAAGGAUCAUGAAAAUAUUUGUGCAGCCAUUUGGACCUCAGUAUGAAGUAGUAUUAAAAGGUGAAGUAGUUUCUUCAGGAAAUAAACCUCUGACAAUUGGAUCUUGCUGUUCAGAUAUUCCAUCAAUUUUAUCCAACAAGCAGUUUCUGGCUUGGGGUGGUGUCCCUCUUGGUAGAACACAGCUUCAGAAACUCGCUCUAAGAAAUAAUUCUACAUCUACAGCUCAACAUUUACGACUGGUUAUUAGAGGCCAAGAUCAGGAUUGCUUUCAGCUUCAGAACAUUUUUGGUUCAGAGGAGCGAUUGACCAGUAAUUGUGAGAUCAGAAUUCAUCCAAAAGAAGACAUUGACAUCUGUGUAUUAUUUGCACCUACUCGAUUAUCUUGUAUGUUGGCUAAACUAGAAAUUAAGCAACUUGGAAUUCAAUCACAACUAGGCGUUAAGUUCACAAUACCUUUAUCUGGAUAUGGAGGAACAAGUAAUCUUAUUUUGGAAGAUGUUAAAAAAUUAUCUGACAGUUACAUGGUUACAAUGAAUGAAUUAAUUCCUGGUAAGGAAAGUCAAAUUGUUUUUUCUGUUCGGAACACUGGCUCAAGAGCAGCGUUUGUUAAAGCAGUGUGUUUUAAGAAUUCUCAGACAAAAGUUUUGCUGGAUCCUAAAGUGAUGCGGAUUUUUCCAGAUAAAUUUGUGCUCAAGGAAAGAACACAAGAACAUGUUACUGUAAUAUAUAAUCCGUCAGACAGAGAGAGCAGUUAUAAAACUGCAACAGAACUAUCAACUAUAUACUUCUUAUGUGGUGAUGAAAUUUCAAGACAACAGUAUCGAAGAACCCUGUUGCAUAAACCAGGAAUUAUAGAACAGAUACUGCCAGAACAUAGUCUCUUGCAAAACAUUAACUUUACUGAAGCAUUUCAAGAUGAGCUACUAGUUACUGAAGUAUAUGAUCUUCCCCAACGGCCUCAUGAUAUUCAGCUCUUUUUUGGAAACAUGCGUAAAAUUAUACUUUCAGUGAUUGGAGAAUUCAGAGAUUCUGUUUCUACCGGAGAAUUUCUUCAACCUUCUUCCAAAACUAGCUUGGAAUCUAAGAGUGACUCUGGAACUUCUGGAAAGCAUAGUGGCAAUAUUUCUUUGGAUGUUUUACCAGUUAAAGGUCCUCAAGGUUUUCCACUUCUUUCACAAGCUGUUCACCCACCUAAAGAUAAAUUUGCCUCUGAGGAAGUAUGGGCUGUCCAACCUGAACACUUGAUUUUGAUAGCUCCUUCUCCAUGUGAUAUGGCAAAAACUAGACGUUUCCAGAUUUUAAAUAAUUCUGUUAGGUCACUGAAAUUUGAAUUAUAUUGGCCAGCACAUUGCCUUACAGUAACACCCCAACAUGGCGUUAUUGAACCAAAGAGUAAACUACAAAUUCUUGUGAGUCCUAAUUCCUCCUUAUCCACAAAGCAUUCAGUGUUCCCAUGGAGUGGUUUGAUCUAUAUACACUGUGACAAUGGACAGAAGAAAAUUGUGAAAGUUCAAAUUCAAGAAGAUUUGACCCGAGAAGAGCGCCCUUUCACUUGUUUGGCUUCCAGCCCAUUUGGAAUCCUUCCUUUAAUGUCAGAGCUUUCCAUUGGUCACCUUGUGAAACCAAUGACUCAACCGCCUUCCACAAAAGUGGAAAUAAGAAACAAGACUAUUAGUUUUCCUACAACAGAACCUGGUGAAACGUCAGAAAAUUAUCUGGAACUUGAGAAUCAUGGUAACACAGAAAUAAAGUGGCAUCUGUCAUCUUUAGCUCCAGCUUAUGUCAAGGGAGUUGAUGAAAGUGGGGAUGUUUUUAGAGCCACCUAUGCAGCAUUCAGAUGUACUCCUAUUUCUGGCAUUUUGGAAAGCCAUGGAAUCCUAAAGGUCUGCAUCACAUUUUUGCCCAGAGAUGGAGGGAAUUAUGCUCAGUUUUGGGAUGUUGAGUGUCACCCCUUGAAAGAACCCCACAUGAAGCACACAUUGAGGUUCCAGCUCUCUGGAAAGAGUAUCAAAGCAGAAAGUGACCCUGAAAGUGCAUGCAUUUCUACAGACACCCUUAUUAAGAUAGAUAAUUCUGUUAGGCCCCGAAGACGAGCUGUAUCUGAGGCCUCUGCGCUUAUACCCAGCAAGCAGAUUGACCUAAACCGCCAUGGAGUUUAUGCCCCAGAGGAUGUAUACAUGUUUCUGCCAACUAGAGUUGGGGACUCAAGGACAUUAAAAGUCAAUUUGCGAAAUAAUUCAUUUAUUACACACUUGCUGAAGUUUUUAAGUCCCAGGGAGCCUUUCUGCAUCAAACAUUCAAAAUAUUCUUUGAGAGCCCAGCACUACAUCAACAUUCCAGUGCAGUUCAAACCCCAGUUGGCGGGCACAUUUGAAGCUUUGCUAGUCAUUCAAACAGACGAAGGAAAGAGUGUCGCUAUUCGACUACUUGGUGAAGCUCUUGAAAAAAAAUAG